UUUAUUUAUAGCAAUUUUAAUUAUUUUAUAACAAAAUAUAUAUUUUAAAAAAUGUAUAAAACAUUAUUUGUGCUGUGUAUUUUUGGCGUGGGAUUAAAAUCUGUAUCAGCAAUAUCAUGUUAUCAAUGCAAUGGAACAGAUGCUAAAAGUCUGUUUCAAUGUGGAGAAGAUCUUGGUGCAGCCGGUGGAUCCAUUGAUCUGGUUCCCCAGUCUUGCGAUAAAGUACACGAUGCCAAAUUUUGUGUAAAACAUGUUGGCAGAUAUGAAGGUGGUAUAGGAGCCAAGAGAUUCUGCUCAUCGAAAGAUCUAGGAAACUAUUGUAAUUAUGUAAAAAAUCCUGGUGAUCAAUUGACUUACCGAUCUUGCAUUUUCACUUGCAAUACUGAUGGAUGCAAUUCUGCCAUAUCACUAGUGAAUAGUUCUAGUUUAUUGAUAAUCUUUAGUGUUAUAUAUCAGAGCAUUGCCUUUUUUAUGUAAGCUAAGAGUAGAAUAACAAAUAAUUGUAGUACAAAAUCAAUUCCAAAUCUUACAUUAUCCUUUGUAAGGUGUAAAUUAUAAAGACUGUAUCAGAUAUUGGAAAUGUAUAUGAAUUUUUACACGACGUAGUAAAAUAUAUUACUUACCAGUUUUUUAUGACAUGAUGUCUGUUUGAUGUAACAUGACAAAGCUUUUUAAAUAAAAUAUGUGGCCUUCCAGUUGCAAAAUUCAUACAAUACAUUAUCUGAUAUUUUUACAAC